GUAUUAGGAGUUCAUAGGCUAAUAUACUGGUUAAAUAAAGGUUACCAUACUUUUCCUCUUGUUUUGUCCAAAAGAUGAACUAAGCAGUAAUCACAGUCACAAUGACACACGGGUAAUGAAAAUGUCACAUGACAAAGAAAAGCAGAAGAUUUAAGAAAAUCCCCAGCUGCACUCAGUAGAAAGGAGAAAUGAGAUGAGUCUUCCAAACCACUUUGGGGAAACCAAACAAACUGCAUUAUCACUGAUAACCUCACAUUUGUAUUGAACCUUGAUGCAAUGGGCUUGUAGACACAUGAAAUACAUUCAUGUGUCUACAAGCCCAUUGCAUCAAGUUCGGCCCAGAUAAUGUUUCCCACAUAGAUGCUUUGGAUACCCCCUCCUCUGCAAACACUCAAGCAAAUUUUACCUCCAUUUUUACUUUCACAUUGCCGUUUUUCUUCCUCUUCAUAUUUAAUGUCAUUGUGGGUAGAUUUUGAAGUGGCACGACCAAACUCAGUGGUUCCAAUAACGCCAAAGAAGACUUGAAGGCAGUUGGAUACCAGUGCUGAUCAUCCUGUGACGAAGAAGUUCCACUAGGCAGACCAGACGUAGCCUAUUCUUUUUCCCGGACACGACUUCUUUUUGGGACCGAAAAUAUCCAUCAGGCGGGAUUUCUAAAUUCCUAAAAAUGUUCUGUUAAGUUUUGCUCUUUCUAUAGACCGUAUAUAAACAGAUAUUCUAACAUUAUGUUCAUAGCGCCUGCCUGCCAUUGUCCCCUUUUUUGAAAUCCAUAUGGUCACCUUAGUUCCACAACAAAGUAUAAGUACUGCAUCCACCUCCCAGUCCUCUGUCUAUAGCAAUGGGAGGCUUUCUGACAUUAGUGGAACCAGUAGUGGUAAUUAACACUGUAGGCAGCUCGUUUUAUGACACAGCCCUCACUCUCUCUGUCUACAAGCGGGCCCUGGAGCAGGCAGAGGGACACAGCGAUCAGGCCCAGGCACUUGCCUCGCGCUUCCUGCUGCUCAACACCUGUCUGGCCUGUCUGCUGUCCUUCAUAUCGACCGUGCUCCUGGGCUGGCUGGCUGACCGCCGCGGCCCCCGCCUACUGCUAGUGCUUCCCCAGAUCGGCUCUGUUGUGAGAAAGAGUUUUCUGCUCGCCUUCGUUCUGUUCCAGCUGCCGCUGGCAGUACUGUAUGUCGGGGCGGCCGUCCACGGCCUUUGCGGCGGGUGGACGGCCUACUGGGGCGGCGUGGUUUCACUAGCUGCCCUCAGCUCAGGUCAUGAGGGGCGUAGCCUGAAGCUCAACGCCGUGGACUUCUGCAGCGGAGUGGCCGGGGUGGUCGGGGGCUUGCUCUCAGGGUACAUAUACCAGCUGGGAGAGUCUGGGUUGCCACUCAUCAUGUCAAGUGUGCUGCUCUGCGUGGGGGGUCUCCUCUACUCUGCCUUCCUGCUGUCAUACCCCAGGCCCCCCAGCAGGGAGGAGGUCAGCCAGUCAGCGCCGUCCCAGGAGCCAGUGUGGACGGACUGGAGGAGCGUGGCCCUGCUCUUCACCGCCAUCGCUUUGUUUGAUGUGGGCAUGAGUGGGGCGGAGGACGUGCUGUCCCUCUACGUGCUGAAGCCGCCCCUCAGCUGGGAUUCAGUUUGGGUGGGCUACGGCAGCGCUGCCACAAGUGCCAUGUACCUGAGCAGCUUCCUGGGUGUGCUGGUCCUGUCCCGUCCCCUAGGGGACACAGCCCUUAUCCUGCUGGGUAUUGUGUCCAACUGCACUGGCAUGGCCAUCAUGGCCUUUGCUACCCAGAACUGGGUCUACUUCUUUGCUCGUGGAAUCAUGAUGUUCGCUUGUAUUCCAAUGCCCACAAUAAGAGCACAAUUAUCCAAAAUUCUGGAUGCUCAGUUGUAUGGGCGUGUGUUUGGCUGGCUGCAGUCCAUCUUGGCUGUGACUACGGUCUUGUCUGAGGUGCUCUUCACUUCCAUUUACCCCCUUACCCUGGGCUGGUUUAGUGGCUUUAGCUUCUUGACAUCAUGUGCUAUCAGCUACCUCAGUGUCCUCCCUAUUCUUUAUCUGAAUUGGAGAGGAACAAGACAAGGAUACACCCCCAUUCCUGGCAAUGACCAAGCCUAACAUGUUGUCAACAACGGAGAUUCCAAGCUAUACUGUAUCAAUCACCUAAGCUCUGCAUGAAAAACAGUCUUAGGUGACCUAACUAGAUGACCUCCUUUGAAGACUGGUCAUUUUCUAUAUCUUCAUUGCAUUUAAUCCUACAGUGUAACCCUCUUAAUAUUACCUUUACUAUGCAGGGUAAAUAGGGGACAAAAAGCAAGUUGUCAUUAUAUAUCAUGUUUAUAUGUCAGUAUUAUUCAUUGCACUAUAUGCUAAGUAUGGAUAGUUUGAAAAUGGGUAAAAAUUGUAACAAUAUGUAUAUAUAGAUGUGGUAUGUGAAAUGUGUUCCUGUGAGUAGUUAAAAGAUACAGUUGUUGCAGAAUUUGAUGGGGAAAGAGAUAUUAUUGUUUAAUAUUUGUGUACUUUCAUGUUUCUUCUUGGAUCUGCAUAUCCAAGUAUGCUAUAUCAGCUGACCAGAAACCUUAUAUAGUGCAAUUUUAACAGAACAUGUUAACCACUACACAUGAAUCUCAAAUUUAGGGACUUAUCUCAGCCUUGCAAGCUAGAAACUAAGAACUGUAUAUAUAGACCUACAGGGCAUUGGGUACAGAACUAACGAACAAUACUUAAUUAACCUAUUUUGGUAUUAUUAUUUAUAAUUUAAACGUUUUGAUAUGUCUUAAAAUGUAAAAGGCCAAAGGAUGAACAAAACUAGGUGGCCAAUUAUUUUUUUCUAUUUAUGUGUGUCACUGGUUAGACAUUGGUAGACAGACUUUCUUGGCAAGUAAGAAAUCAAAAACAUAAUAUAAAUAAAUAUUAAUUUAAUUUCA